GGACUCUGCCAUCUAUGGCGUCCGCCGUGGCUGCCAGUUUAUUUAUCCUUCGCACGUGAAAUGUAAAUAAGCAGGCGAGUUCCUUGAGAGCUGUACGGUCGCUCACAGCGUGUGGCGGUGGCGCAAGCGAUGGCGACCGUCUGGCAGCAAGUGCUGGCCAUCGAUGCCCGCUACAACGCCUACAGGUCUCCGAACGACCCAAACUUUCGUACAUUGUACAUACGAAGGCGGAGCCAGCUGCUAAGGGAGUCUCAAAAGAAUGAGCAAUGCGCCGCAUUCCGCAAACAAUACCUACGCCUCCGAAGCCAGCUGCUCUCUCAGCGGUAUGGCGUGUCCGUCGAACAGUCGAGCAAUCGGAGUCGGAGCAUGGGUGGCCGGAGCAACAGUCGAGCAACACUUGAGACUUCAGACUCAUCGGAGAGCCGCCUGCAGGCAACUGGAGAACUCUCCCGCCGUGGCUCCUUCGGCAACCAGCGUUCUUUGACCAAUGAAGGGCUGGUGCCUACAUACGCUGCUGAAGCCAGUCGUGCCAUCGUGGGCGGUACGAGCAUCUCGGAGAAUUACGCCUUUGCGGGUGUGCACCACAUCUUCGACCAGCACCGAGAUGCCGUAACCUCGGUGAGGUUUGCCAACAACGAGAAGUACCUGCUGGGCUGCUCGUCGGCCGACGGCAACCUGUCCAUCUGUCGGCUGGACCCGCCCUGCGUGCUGUACAUGCUCGAGGGACACCACGGCAAAGUGACCGGUUUCGAGUGGUCCCUCUCCAACGACCUCUUGGUGUCAGGGUCCCUGGAUGGCACGGUGCGGCUCUGGGACGCGAAAACGGGGAGCUGCGUGCGCACUGUGCCCGAUCCGUCGGGGGCGGCCAUCCUGUCAUGCGUGUUCCAGCCAGCCAAUAACAACAUGGUGGUCACGGGAAAUGACAGGGGUCUUGUCCAGGUGCUCAACAUUUCCACGGGCAUCUACCUCAAGGGUGGCAGCAGCCAAACCACCGGCUGUGUCCUCUGCCUGACCUUUGAGCCAACAGGCAAGCUCCUCUGGGCCGGUGAUGACCGGGGCUACAUUGUGUCCUACCUGUUUGACCUGCCCACUGGGAAGCUGACCAAGGGAAAGCGGAUGGUGGUGGCCGAAAACUGCCCAAUCACUUGUCUGUCAGCACGUCAGUGGGCGAGCCGUGAAGCCAGGGACCCAUCAGUGCUGGCCAACUGCGGCCUCAUCAAUGCCCUUCUCCUCUACAGCGUGCAGGGCUCAGACGGUAGCCUGGCCCUCAAGCGCAAGUUCCACGUCAAACAUCGCUGCCGCACCCCGGUGCGAAGCUCUUUCUGUCCAAUCAUGUCAUUCCGCCAGGGUGCUUGCAUCGUGACAGGCAGCGAAGACCAGUGUGUCAACUUCUUCGACGUGGAGCGUGCGAAGCCACUGCUCAAUAAGCUCCAGGGCCACUCGGCAGCCGUCCUUGACGUCUGCUUCAACUACGACGAAUCUCUGCUUGCUUCGAGCGACGCACAGGGGAUGGUCAUCCUCUGGAAGAGGUCAUCGGCGUGACCUCUCCUUUUCUCAUCGACAAUGAGCUGCCUCAGUUGAAGAGGCUACAGCAACGAUUCUCUGUUAAGUGUCACGCGGCUUCGUGAAUAGCCGAGUUGAGUAGACUACCAGGGAUGUGCAAACAGAACUCUAUGGGCCGAGUACAACUGAAAGAAGCCUGCGCAAUAAUAACGCAGUGCAAGCGUAUAACUAUUGUGUGUGUACGCAAAUUGGGUCUUUUAAAUGGCAUGGAACGAGCGACUUCACCGAAAGUGUAAAGCUCCAACUUCACUUGUCUGUACAGGCUGCAUAAUUCUCCUGUAAAACCAGCUUUUUUUGCAUUAACCUGAAGCAAAAGUAGCCUGUGCUAACCGUGCCAGUAGCUGGAAUACUGUAUGUGCACGUUAAAGUGCGACUUGCUUCAGAGUGCUGCAGUGUUGUUGUCAUUAGCAGAUGAAGGCUUGUCUCUGUGCUUCCAGCACUUAAUGCUGCUAAAUGUUGCCACGAAUAAUGUUAAGCCUACUCUCUUGCCCUUCUUACUCGUGCCGUUCGCUUAUGCUUCACUUAAAACUGCAAGUACUGCGGUGGUGCGGACACUUCGUGUCCUUGCUUGUCUUUGACCACUCAGGGUAUACUAGGCGUUGUGACAACCUGAAACUUACGAGCUGACGGGAGCCAUAUUCUGAUUCCCGUCCUGAUAGACAUUACCCAUAGAGGUAGCCUUCAUGGGUGCUACAGUACUACUUUCAUAGAUGCAUCCACUCAGAGACAAUCCCUGUAGAAGGAAUUCCCCUUGAGGCGAUCACCACAGAGGCAGUCCCGGUGGCGACAAUCUGCAUCAAUCUUCAUUACCUUGAUCACACAGACACAAACUCCAUAGACAACCAUGCAGGGACAAUCCAGGCAGAGAAGUUCUCCCGUGCACAAUCUGUGUAGAGGCAGUUACUAUGCAGCCAGUCCCGUGGUAGCACUCAGUGCAGAGGCAGCCUUAAGGCGUGAUUCAGUUGGCUGGCACUGUAAAAGCAUGGCUGUAGGGUUUGCUGUUCUCUGCAGAAAAAGCAACGACACCCGUUCACUGUACAUCCUGAGAGCUUAGCCUUGCCACUUCCAUUGUCUGCACUAACUUUUCUUCUAGCAGUUCUGUUAGCAGUGGUGGUGUUUGCAUCAUGAUCGCACAGUCAAACCUCAACAUAACAAAUCCAGAUAUAACAAACUUUUGGUUAUAUGUAACUAGGCUUGUGCGAAUAGUAAAUUCUGGUUCAAAACGAAUACAAAGCAAAUAGUGAUUUUGGUCGAAUAAUAUUGAAUCGAAUUCGAAUAGUAUAUAUCACAUGCUUUAUUAUAAAGAAAAAUGAGCAUAUUUGUCAUGACCCAACCAGCCUGCACAAUGUUCUUUCUUUUUAAAUUGUAACAAGGCAUGUGCAAAUGUCAUACUUUUCGGUUCAAAGAAAGUGGAAGCAACUUUGAAUAGUAGUAGCUAGAUUUGACUUUCGGUAGAAUGGAAGUGAUAACCUGUAAAAUAUGUUAUGUUUUAAAAUUUACUAUACAUAGGGCAUAUGAGCCGGUAUAACAAGCUUUUAAACUUAAAAAAUGAUUAAUCAAUGUGAGGGUAAUAUGUUCGUUUAACCUUGAAGUCGGGCUUUGCGGCAGUGCGAAUUUUUCUUGGAAAGGUAUUUUCACGGUAUAGCACCCCUCCACUGCAGUGAAACCACCUUUAC